CAAUGGGGAGGCCGAGCAGAUCGAGUGUCACUAUAACAGUAGGACAUAAUCAGCGCGGUAAGUUUGCAGAACCUUACAGCCUGUCUCGGCCAGAGGGAGCUCAAUUCUUUCGGCUUUUCUGAGGUUGCAAAGUCCACUGUCACCAUGUCUGACACAGAAGAAGUUGACCAGGUCGAGGAAUACGAUGCCGUAGAAGAGGAGGUAGUAGGGGAAGUAGAGGUGGCCCCUGAGGCGGCCCCUGAGCCAGAACCAGAGCCAGAACCAGAGGUAGAACCAGAACCAGAGCCAGAACCAGAGCCAGUACAAGAGCCAGAACCAGAACCAGAGCCUGAGUAUGAAGAGGCUGUUGAAGAUGAAGAGGAGAAGCCAAAGUUCAAGCCCACCGCUCCAAAAAUCCCAGACGGUGAGAAAGUGGACUUUGACGACAUCCAGAAGAAGCGUCAGAAUAAGGAUCUGAUUGAGCUGCAGGGCUUGAUUGAUGCUCACUUUGAGUGCAGGAAGAAGGAGGAGGAGGAGCUGAUUGGCCUCAAGGAGAGAAUCGAGAAGCGUCGUGCUGAGAGGGCUGAGCAGCAGAGGGUGCGCGCUGAGAAGGACAAGGAGCGCCAGGCGAGACGUGAGGAAGAGAGGCGGAUAAGGGAAGAGAGUGACGCUAAGAAGAAGGCAGAUGAAGAGGCCAAGAAGAAGUCGGCUCUGACCAGCAUGGGCUCCAGCUACAGCAGUCACCUUGCAAGAGCUGACCAGAAGAGAGGCGGAAAGAAAGAGACUGAGAGAGAGAAGAAGAAGAAGAUCCUCGCCGCCAGGCGCAAACAACUCAACAUCGACCAUCUGAGCGAAGACAAGCUGAAGGAUAAGAUCAAUGAACUGCAUGAAUGGAUGACCCAGCUGGAGUCUGAGAAGUUUGACCACAUGGAAAGACUGAAGAGGCAGAAGUACGAGGUUACAACCCUGCGUAAGAGAGUGGAGGAGCUCAGUAAAUUCAGCAAGAAGGGAGCUGCCGCCCGCCGCAGAAAGUAGACAGACUCGCUUCACUGCUGCUCAGAAACCAAACUGGGAUCGUCUUGAACUCACGCAUGAUGAAGCAACGCACACUGUGGUGAAGGUCAUGGCUCAGAAGAAGGAAGUAAUGCUGCGGUUUAACCCGAGGUUACCAGCCCACGUCCUGAUACAUGCAACCAGGAGCCUUUAGCCGCUGUUCAAUAAGAAUAAAAAGUACCAAAACUGAUUUGCCAUCUCGCUUCCUCACCUUCGACUGUUUGGUUCUCAUUAUUUUUUGUAAAUAAAGUGUGACCCUUCAAGCCA